AUGGCUAUGACUGGAAAGGGUCAAAUAAUCAAUCUUGAAGAGACAGAGUCUUCAGUGGAUGAUGAUCAACAGCUUGAGGAGAAAGUAGGAGAAAUGGAGGAUGUCUUCUUGGAACCUGGGGAGGCAAACUUGAAAGACCCAGAUUUUACAGUCUUGAAUGUUGGCACAGUGCUUGUCAAAAGAGAUGAUGAAGCAGGAGCUAUCUGGUUGCAGGAUAAGAUUGUACAAACAGGUCCCAACCAAAAACCUGGUCAUGUCAUCAUUCUUGUGGAGUGCGGCCUGAGUUGCAUGUUCCUUGGCAAACCAUCAGUUUGA